CUUCUCCUCUUUUUGUUCUUAUAUCAAAACCCCAUCCAGCUCCCUCAUUUUCGCUCUCCCUCCAGCUUGUGGUGAUCUUAGCUCUCUAGCUAGAUAGCUAGCCUUGCUUGCCUUUAGGUCUUCUUCUGCCUAGUUAAGAGACUUGCUGUACAGUUGUUGAUUAUAUUUCCAACAAGGGCUGGUCUCAUUUUUUGAGAAGGAGACUAGUAGUAUUUUUCACAUCCAUAUAGAUAUUUCUUAAUCAAGGUCAGAAGAAGUUUUAAAGGAAAUCAAAGAGAGAUGGCUCCUGUUUUGCCUCCCGGUUUUCGUUUCCACCCUACCGACGAAGAACUUGUUGCUUACUACCUCAAAAGAAAGAUCAAUGGACAUAAGAUUGAAUUAGAGAUCAUCCCUGAAGUUGAUCUCUACAAGUGUGAGCCAUGGGAUUUACCAGGAAAAUCAUUGUUACCUAGCAAAGAUCUAGAGUGGUACUUCUUUAGUCCUCGAGACCGCAAGUAUCCGAAUGGAUCAAGGACUAAUCGAGCUACUAAAGCUGGGUACUGGAAGGCCACAGGCAAGGAUAGAAAAGUGAACUCCCAAAUGCGUGCUGUAGGCAUGAAGAAAACCCUAGUUUACUACAGAGGUAGAGCCCCCCAUGGAGCUCGAACAGGUUGGGUUAUGCACGAAUAUCGCCUGGACGAACGCGAAUGCGAAACUAAUUCUGGCUUGCAGGAUGCAUAUGCGCUUUGUCGUGUGUCGAAAAAGACGACAACCAUCCCAAAGAUUGGAGAGCAUUAUGUGUCUACUUCAUACAGAAUGCCUUGUGAACAUUCUUCUAGCGUUGAGCUAUAUUCUGAUCAUGGAAGAUCCGAAGAAUUUGAGAGCUCAAAUUAUCCUAUGCAUAAAAAUUUAGAUACUUGUUCAACCAGCUAUCGUGCCAUUGGAUCCCCUCUUGACAUCAGUGAAUCAAGGAAUGGAAAAUGGGCACCAUCCAUGGAUGGAUUUGGCAUGUCACCUUCACAAUUUCCAAGUCAUUCAACAAUUCCUUACCCACCAUCAAAGGUUAAUAUGGCACUAGAAUGUGCAAGUUUGCAACAUAGAUUCACAUUGCCUCCAUUGGAAGUAGAGGAUUUCCCUCAAGUUGGACUUGCCGACAUAAAAGUGAUGCAACGACCUUUCAUGCCAGAAAGCACAAGCACCCAUCAGACUGAUAUUUUGCAAGAAAUUCGUUCAGUAGCUCAUGCAUCCCAAGAAUUGAUAAAUCAGUCUAGUUUCCAAGACACAUGGGGUGGAAACUACGCCACUACCGAUCAUGAUUUCACUUUCAUGGAUGGGAAGAAUGUUCAACAUAAUAUGUUGAGUGACAUGAUGAUGAACUCCAUUAGAUGUGCAGAAAAAUAUUGGAUUGACCCCAAUACAAGCAGCAGGUCUAUAGAGAUUAGUAACCUAGAUGAAACUUUCAAGACAGAGAGGAUGGUAGAAAACUUGAGAUGGGUUGGAAUGUCAAACAAUGACCUGGAGAAGAGUUUUAUGGAGGAAACCAAGAUUGUGCCAAUAGAAAACAUUUCAAGUUUCAGAAGUAGGGAAGAGCAUGAAGUCCGAGGAGAAAAUGUACAUGUUGAUGACUGCAUGGGAUUCAAUGACAGUGAGGAUUUUUCACUUGGAUUCAUCAAUGAUGAGCCUAAUGAUGAUAACUUCAUAGAUGAGUGUAAUGUGGAUGAUUUGACUAGUUCAGUACCGAGCUUUGAGGUUGUGGAGGAUAUCAAAGUUAAUCAUGGACUUUUCGUUUCAACUCGCCAAGCAACUGAGACAUUUUUCCACCAAUUAGUCCCUUCACAGACUGUUAAGAUCUACCUGAAUCCAGCAGUGGUGACCAGUAACUUCUCCAUAGAGAAAGCAGACAGUACAAAAAGUUAUGGCAAAGAAACAACAAUCAGUACUGCAAAGGAAUACUUCGUUGGAAGCAAAUCAUCAGUUCAAUAUCCUUGGAGGAACUUAGCUAGAAAUGUUGUUUGUUUGAUUGUCAUUAUCUUGAUGCAUUGUUCCUACCUAGGAGAAAAUGUGGAAAAUGGGAAAUUAAUGGAUGGCUUCAUGGGAAGUGGACGUGUAGGAGAUGAAGGUUGUUGCCCUAGCAAAAAUAUCAAGCCAAUGAUGAAGCCUGCAGGAAAACUACUCAAGUGGGAUGACAAUAAGAAGGAAAAAGAUUUGCUGGUUACCAUAAGAGGUGGUGGAGAGAGUAAAUUUGGUGUGUUUCUGAAGAAGCUAGGGCUAUUUCUAACCAUUUCUUUUGCUCUUUGUACCAUAUUGGUAAACCAUUCCAUGGCCCCUUGACUUGAUUCCUGAUCUUAUUUUACCAUCUAACAGUUGUUGAUUUGGGUAAGGCAUUAAAUUUUGCCUUCUCUAGUGUUGGAGUCUAAUGUAUUCUAUAUAAUACAUAAAUAUAUACACAUAUACCUUUGUAUUCUGUAA